AUGCCAACCCCAGAAGCUCAAUGUGAGGAUCAACGCCGAUUGGGAGAUGCAGCAAAGAAAGCCAUCAGCAAGCUCCAGGUCAGGACCAUCAAGAAGGGUGACAAGGAAACAGAGCCCGAUUUUGACAACUGUGCAGUUUGUAUUGAAGGGUACAAGCCCAACGACGUCGUCAGGAUUUUGCCCUGCCGGCAUCUUUUCCACAAGUCCUGUGUUGACCCCUGGCUUCUAGACCAUCGCACCUGCCCCAUGUGCAAGAUGAACAUUCUUAAAGCCCUAGGGAUCCCGCCCAAUGCCGACUGCAUGGACGACUUGCCCACCGACUUCGAGGGCUCUCUGGGAGGUCCACCGACCAACCAGAUCACAGGUGCAAGCGACACAACAGUAAAUGAAAGUUCAGUCGCCUUGGACCCUACCAUCCGGACUGUGGGAGUCCUGCAGGUGGUCCAGGAUGCAGACCCCACCCCCCAGGAGAGAGAAGUCAUCUUUACUACUAACGGUAAGUUUGCUUAAAAGUGCCAUAGCCAAAAGCGCUGUUGCCUUGUGCGAAUUGGAAA